AGAUUUCAAUUUGGGCCACUUGUAUUAAGGGCCAAUUCUUCUCUAUCAUCUUCCCUGCUAUUCUAACUAGCGAAGCACACAGUGUGACAGAGAAUGGACUCCAAGAAAUCCAAAAUCUCCCUAACCACCACCUCUUCCUCCUCCAGACGGCAUUCCACUCGCCUCCUGUAUGACCGCCGCUACGGUUGGGUUUUUGAUGAAUGGAAAGACCCUUCAGAGGAAGCUCUAGCAGGUGGCCGCGGAAUGUUCUGUAUAUUACCUCUAACAAAAGCUUUCCUCAAUUCAGCUUCUCAGUCGAUAAAUGUUGCUGCAAAUUUUGCUGUCAAAAUCUUAGAAAGGCCAGAUCUGUUCUCCCCUCAGGCAUUGCAUACAAAUCUUGACAAGCAGCUUAAGAAUUUUUUGAAAAAAUCGGAUAUGAGUUGUUCUGAUCUCAAUGGAAAAUAUCUAGCUCAAACUCCCACCUUCACUUCACAGCAACCAGUGGAAACCAGAGAAUCACAGAUUGCUUAAAUUGAUGCUUUACCAGAGCAGACCUAAAACAAAAACAUGCAACUUAGUUGGAAGCAUUUUCAAAGAGGAAAUUUUAUCAAUGGCCUUAACCUCUUAUUGGACCUCAACUUGAGGAUAUCUUUCUUUUCCCCUUGCUGUUUUUGGUAAAAUGCUUCUUGUAUAAUGUAGUUUUACAUGCAUCAAUCAUCUUAUAUCUUCCUUUUCAUAGUUGAUAUUGUAUUAAAACAGGGUAAAUAGGUAGUAUUGAAGAGACGAAUUUUCUCAAUUCAUUAUAAUUGUAUGGUCGGGCUUAUGGAUGAUCGAGUGUCUGAUAGCAAUUCGCAAAAUUAGAUGUUUUAAUAGCAUUUAAUUAUAUUAGCUAUCGAUUAUUUUUUUUAUUAA